UCCUUUUUUUUUUUUUUUCUUUUUCAUUUUUUCCCUCCUGAUUCUAUCUCUCUCUCUCUCUCUCCCUCUUUGAUUUUCCUUCCCUCCAAACACCAUUUCAGUUGUUAUAUUUUCGGCUCGGCUUGGUGAGAGGCGAUUGAUUUUCUUUCAAAGAAGAAGUUUAAUGAAUUACAAAGAGAAAGGGCUUGAUUUUUCUUCUCUGGAGGUUAAUUUUCCCGGGAAAUUUUGCCUUCUUUUCUCAGCUCUUUCUCAGCUUCCACGGAACUUUUCUUUGUGAUUGAUUGAUCCAGGAGGAAUUUAUAUAGCCAAUGGGGAGUCAAAAAAAUAAAGGAGGGAAAAAUUCAUUGGAGGAUCUAAGAUUAAAGAGAGGGAGAACAUGAUUUUUUUUUUCAUUAUUUUGCGUGUGUUUUUUAAAUGUUAGUAAAUAAUUCGAUUGCUUGAGUUUGAAUGCAUAUUUUGAUAUAUGGAGUCAGAAGUAUUUUCACCUCCAAGAGAUUUGGUGAAAUGUUGUGAUUGCAGUUGUACUACGUGUUCUUUCAUUGGUAAUCCUUCGAGCACGUGGCUUCGUUCUGUGAAACGAAAAUACGAUGAGUUUGAGACUGGAAAUGGGUUUUAUGUUCCGGGGUUUGAUCUUUAUUCCAAUGCCAGAGUCCAAAUUGAGAAUGAAUGUGCCGCUUUGCGGGAGACGGUUAGUAGCCAGCAAGCAGCAAUACAGGAUUUGUAUACGGAAUUGGAGGAAGAGAGAAAUGCCUCAUCAUCUGCUGCAACUGAGGCCAUGUCGAUGAUAUUGAAGUUGCAGAGAGAGAAGGCAGAGAUCCAAAUGGAGGCUAGGCAAUUCAAGCGUUUUGCAGAGGAGAAAAUGGCACAUGACCAGCUGGAGAUAAUGGCUGUGGAGGAUCUGUUGUAUAAGAGAGAACAGGCUAUUCAAGCUCUUACUUGUGAAGUGCAGGCUUACAAGCAUAGGAUGAUGAGUUAUGGGCUUACGGAGGCAGAGGCUGAAGGUGAGAAGGAUGGACGGAUUAAGAAUCUGAGUGUGGCUGAGAACUUUGGUGCCCAAGUUGAUCUUCCUGCAUAUAAUUAUCCACGUCUAAAGUGCAAUUUGAAUGAGAAUCCUGGUGAGGAUGUUGAAGAUGUUGAGAAAUAUGCAUUCAGCGAGACCCCUCGAGACCACCUGAGGAAUCUGGAGCAAAGGAUCUAUCAAAUGGAGAGGAAUCCCAGCAGCAGUCAACUGAGUCAGCUGGAUGGAGAUUUUCCUGGAACAAAGAAUAUUUUGGAGAAGGUGAUAGUCGGUCACUCUCCUAGGCGACCAAGACAUUUAAGAAGGUUUUCAACUGAUAGUUUAAAUUCAGUCCUGGCUAAUGAGAUUGGUUCAGAGUUUACCGGCGAAUCUCCCAGGUUUAACAUUGGUUCUCCCAGGUUGAAUACUAGCUUCAAGAAGAUGGAGUUCGUUUCAGAAAUGGAAGAGAUUUCCAGCUCAAGAAGAACGGAUAAUGAUGCUUCAGAAUUUGGAGAUGAUAUGAGUGACAGAGUUUAUACGAUUGACUCUGUCCAUAAUGGGGUGCCAUAUAGCGGAACUGCUGAACCCAAACCUGAAGUUGGAAUUUUUGAUGAUUAUGCAUCCAUUCCAAGGGAGACAUUGAAUAUGCCCGAACUCAGUGAUCCUGAUAUCAAGAAGCUCUACAUGAGGCUUCAGGCCCUUGAGGCGGACAGGGAGUCAAUGAGACAAGCAAUAAUAUCAAUGCGAACUGACAAAGCACAGCUAGUCUUAUUGAAAGAAAUAGCUCAACAUUUGUGCAAGGAAAUGUCACCAGAAAGACAAGUGACUGUGAGGAAGCCAUCUAUUCUUGGUAGCCUUCCGUUCAUGUCAGUCUUCAAGUGGAUUGUGUCCUUCUUUUUCUGGAGGCGGAAAGCACGUCGAAGCAAGUACCUGUAUGGAUUGUCACAAAACAAUGUUGGCUUGCUAAUGCUGCUGGAUAAGGGCCCUCGUCUGAGGCAGUGGAGAUGCCUUUCAAGCACACAAGUGUGAAAAGGAUUCUUUUACUUCCAUGAAGCUUAUAAUCAUGACUGUGAAUGCCAAAUGGAUUUGAUCAAACCAUCAAGAGUAGACUUUGCACUCAUCUUUUAUGGAUUCCUUGUUGCAGAAUUGGUAUAUUGUGCAGUGUUCUUUUAUUUCAUUUAUUUUUGGGAUUGAAUACAUGUUUCUGCUUGAUCAGCGAAACAUGGAUGCAUGUGAGCAUACUCAGCUUAUAUAAUUUGUUGGAUAUCAUCUUGAGGUAUGUAUCUAUUGUCGAUCUCUUCCUGUAUAUUUCAGAUUCAUCUAUGAAUCUCAUUCACUUAUGAAUUAUUUAUACUUUUCUAAUUCAA